AUGCUGACGGCGAUGUACCAUUUAAGAGACCUGAAAGAGAUAAGAGCGAAGAAGAAUUCUGCAUUGGGCACCCGAGAGAUACUCAGCACCAAGGAAGCAGCUCGAAAAGAAAGGAAUCCUUCAUCGUUUGGUUUGGGGGAAGCCUCAAUAUUCUCGGACAAGUAUAGAGGUCCACCUGAGGGAGAUGACGCUUUUCGAAAUCUCAGUAUUAUAUCAUUUAGAUAUGACACACUGUUUGCUCGUAGAGGUCUAACUCACAGCAUUGCUAAUGUGGAAGACGAUGUUCUGACGUUCGAUACAUCUGACAUUUUAAAACCACUAUCGAAUGUGACCAUUGAAGAAAGCAGCUUGGUUCAUAAAAUCCAACAAAAACAGAGAGACGCUACCUUUAACUGUGUCAUCAGGAUUGCCAAGUAUUGUUCCUCUCGUUGUGAUUAUCUAGUUAAAGGUAAACAUUCGAGAGAAUGGACGCCAUUCAGAUGUAAACUCAGUGAGUUCUGUAGGUUUGAGACUCGUUUUAUAGGUAACCUCACCAAGGAGGUAAUGAAGACCAUCGAUGUUGUCUUCUUCAUACCCGGAUUUCGGGACGUUCGUCUGAAGCAAGUAAUGGCUGCAAGACCACCAGGACAACUCUGGGUGCUUUGCGCCAAAGAGAGUCCUCAGCAUGACCCAGAUUAUGCUCCUCGAGGUCUAACAGGAAACCCUUUCAAUCUCACCAUGACGUAUGUCAGGGACAGUGACAUUUACUUCCCAUACGCCACCGUGCGGAAACUUGGGAAGCCAAAUAAACAUCCUCCAGAUAUUCCAAAGAAAUCCAAGCUGAUAGCUUGGAUGGCAUCCAACUGCAAACCGUAUUAUUGGAAACGAACUGAACUGGUGAAGGCGAUACAAAGGAAUAUCUCAGUGGAUAUAUACGGCAAGUGCGGUACGGGAAGACUUGCCCAUGAUAAAACCAUCGAGACGCUCGAGCAAUACAAAUUCUAUUUAGCGUUUGAAAAUAGUGAAUGCCGGGAUUACAUCACGGAGAAGGUGUGGAAGAAUUGCCUUUCUCAGGGGAUCGUACCAAUCGUCUACGGAUCAACGCGAGAAGGCUACGAGAAAUCACUCCCAAGGAAUUCCUUCAUCUCCGUAGAGGAUUUCAGUAACAUGAGCGAAUUUGUAGAUUAUAUUCACGCACUGGAUAAAGACGACACGCGUUACAUGAAAUAUUUCGACUGGAGAAGGGACGGCGCGGUGCAGUUUCACUCUCCAUCUGCGUUCAGAGGUAGUAGACCGGAACUGCAUUUCUGUUACCUCGUCAAAAAACUAAUCUACGUCUUUGUACAUCCAGAGAACUCUUGGCAGAAAAGAAAUCCAGAUUUUGCUUCUUGGUGGCGGGGGCAAUGUGCCGAUUAUUCUGUUGAGAAAACCAUUCUGGGGUUUAAUACCCAUCGGUCAAGAGAAGAACAGGCAAUCAUUGAUGCAUCUAUGAGGCGCGGAGACAUUGAAAUGUAG